AAUAUUUUAAAAUCCUCAAUUGGUCUGCUCAAUUCAUUACUCUUAAAUCUUAAUUGUCUCUCUAAAUAGGUCGGUUGAGUUCACUUCAAAUCGCCGAGCUUAUCUAUUCGGCAAUCACUUAGGGUUUCGAUUAUUUGGAAAUGAAAUUGAAGAUCAACAAAGCCUGCGAUCUCAGUUCUAUCUCUGUCUUCCCUCCCCACGCAAGGAGAACAAAUACCAUGCCAACUGGACUGCAUGCUCAGCAGUUUCGAUCCCAGCCAUCACAGCAAUCCUUGUCACAGGGGCUCUCAUCUCAACACGGCAUGUUUUCCCAGCUUUCUCAAUCCUCUCUUGAUGAAGGUCUCACAAAUGAUCAGAGAGUAAGUUCUCAAGAACGUGAAAACGCUAUGAAGAAGGUGCCUUGCCUACCCCAACUUAGUUAUACACGAGAAGAGAGUCAAAUGCCAAUUUCAAGAUCUUCCACCAAUUUAACACACAAAUGGAAUCCUACUUCUGCUCCUGAUCGGAAAUGUCAGAUUAGCGAAGAACUUGAACGCAGAAUUGGGAUGAUGGAAACUUCAUUAAAUAGGUUCGGAAUGAUACUGGAUUCUGUUCAGAGUGAUCUCAUGCAAGUGAAUAGAGGAACCAAAGAAGUAAUGUUGGAGGUGGAAGGAAUUUCCCAAAAGAUGGUUCUUCAAAGCACUUCAUUGCAGCAACUAAUGAAUAAGGGAAAUGAAGAUAUCAAAGCUAGCCUUGAUGGGUGUCUGAAAUCUUUGUCCGAUCAAUUUGGGAAGGCAUAUGAAGAGAAGUUUAAAGAGAUUUUGUUGGUGUUUUCAACCUUACCAGUGCAAACAGAAGCAUCUCUGCUGAAAUUACAAAACAAACUUUGCAUCUUCCUGGACGAAAAACUGCAGGCAGUGGCCUCCAGCAGCUUGAAGAGCCCUAAUCAGAAGUGUGAAUUGGCCAAAAUUCUUUCACAAAAGGCAAUGGCUGCAAACUUGAAGAGUCUCAAUAGAAAAGGUCAAAUGGCCACUGUCGCUUCUCAAAAGGUUCUUGCACGUCGUGCUACUUCGCAGAGAAAGCCAAGACCCUCUAAGAAUCCAAUUGUGCCACCAGAGGUCUCUGUGCAAGCAAUUCAAGUUCCAAAGGUAGAAAUGGGAGGUUGGAAGUCUGUAAAAAAGCCUAUGAAAGAGAAUGUCUCCAACAAGGAUCACAAAGAGAAAGAAGUUUCUUCAUCCACAGAGGCAAAAGAAAGUAGAAUCAUCAUUGAUUCAGAUGAGGAGAUUGAUGGAGGCUUUUCCUGCUUGAUUAACGAGAAAGGAACAGACAAAGGAGACGAGUUGAUACAGGAUGUGAAGGAAGAGACUGACCGGCUUUUGAGAAAAGCAAGGAGGAAAAAGAGAAAAUACAACAAUCCUGUAAUUAUUGAUUGAGGGUACAUAAAAUUAUGCCUUUUGCUAAGUGGACUUUCUACCCAGUUGUUAUAGAUCUAAAAGUUUUUACCUUGCCUAAGCGGCAACCACAUUUUUUUUCCAUGUGUUACUUACAACUACUCUCUGAUGUUCUGAAACGACGUCCCGCUAUGAACUUUCAAAUUUAUUGGUUUCCUCUGCUAACCGUGCAACUGCAGAUGCAGGAUUACUCCUCCCUGGGAUUAUGAUCAACCAUCAUUCUUUUUUAAGCCUACAUUGUGUUUGCACGAUAGCGGCAGAGUUAUGAAUUUAAUCAGUCUCGGCUCAUCCCUUUACCACAUGCAUACAUGCAUAUUUUGUAAAGUUCUUUUCUUCUUUCUAUUUUUGCCCGCUUGGUAGAAUCUUGUAUCAGAGAUUAUAUAUGUGAUGCAGUUCAUUUGUUGUAUUCAGCAUUUGGGCCAUUCGAGAUCCACAACAAGCCCAUCUCAUAUGGGCUUUCUGGAUCCCGUUUGAUGUUAAUUAAAGCCCGAAAGUAAAUAACUACUUACCAAUUUAUUCCUUUUCCCCCUCGCCCUACCAAAAACAGGAAAAAUAUGAAAUCAGAUUUUUGCUCUUGAA